GUAACUGCCAGCAAGAGGGGAAACUCUGCAGAGGAAGUAGCUGAGCGCGUAUUGAGCCGAAAUUCCUUAUCAGGGUUGCAGGGGCCCGCAGUAAGUCCAGUAUUUUGCAAACGAAAUGGCCAAGUAACUGCAGAUUACUAUGCAAUAGUCAUAUGUGUACCGAAGAAGGCAUUUAUGAGUCUGUGCAGCAGCUGCGGGAGGUGAGAUUCAUAUUAUCUUCCAGCGACUCUCCUCAUGGAGACCCCAAACGAAAAGCCAGCUCUAAUGAUCCCGGAUGGAAAUAUGGCUUUUGGCCAAAUAUGAACAACAAAAAUCUGGUGGAGUGCACAUUAUGCCACAAACAAAUUAAUGGUGGCAUAGGACGUUGGAUGAUGAUAUUUGAUACCUCAAAACAUGGAAUUAAUUAUUUUAAUGUCCUUUGACUUCUUAUUGUGUUAAUUAUCUUUCUUGGUGUGUUAUUUUUUAAGAUUGAAGGAUAUUUGCUUGUUAUGUACUCUUUGUUAAGUGACUUUAUGUGCUAUCUUUAAACAUAAAUUUGAUUUGGUUAU